AUGACAGAUGCGGCCACGCACUUUUAUGAAAAGCAGUACAGUAUCAACCCAAUUAACGAUUCAUCCGUUGGAGAUCUACUCAGCUAUGUCUCUUCUAAGCAAUUCUUGAGUGAAGCCACUCAAUCCUCCAUAACACUUCCACUAACAUUUAAUAGUAUAUGGGAAGCAGUCAACUGCCACCCCCACCAUCACAGCCCUGGCCCAGAAGGUAUGCCCUACGAGAUUCUUUCUCUCUUAUUCCGUGAAGACGGUCAAAUCGUCUUGUGGCAUGCGCCUGUAGUGAUUACGCUCGGUCAUAUGUCGAGCUACUGUCGUGAACACGUUGAUUCUCUCCUGUGUUUGGCAUGCUCUUUGAAUAAAAACUGUCCUCAAAAGGUUCUUCGACAAACUCUGUUCCAUUUUAGGCCGUUUCCUCCGGCGGAAUAUGCUCUCUAUGGCGAUCCUGUCUUCUAUGUUUUCAGAAACUGCAAAAAGGCUUAG